GUCACGCGUCCGGCUCCAAAAAGUGUGCAGAGAGUCGUAAAUUGAGAACCCGCACUUGCGCUCCAAAGUUCUUGAUACCCACUGGAUAACUGAAUGCAGGAUUGUCCAUCAACGUAUAUAAGAAGGACUCGCAUGCUUUAGCGCAAGGAAAGGUGUGAAUCUUCUUCCUUGGGAAGGCCAAGUCAUUAAGACGGGAAAUCUGUUAAGACAACCUCAUCUUCCUCACGACUUCGAAGACAUCGCCAUGUUUGCGGACCUCUUCACCACUAUCGUGCGAGUCGAGCACGUCUCUAAAGGAGCGAAUGCUAUUAAGAAAGAUGAUCCCAGUACCACCCCUCCCUACGGACCUGGCUGCACGAUCGCUUAAGAGGCCGAGCGCCAAGUGGUGCUGCCAAUGUGGCCAUCAUAGGCCACAACCAUGGAUACUAUACACUAUACUGUCUCAUCUUUCAUCAAUCCUGUUUCUAUCACCAUGCUUUCUUCCAGCAGUUUCUGAUUCCACACUACUUCAAGCUCAUACCACUAGAUGUCAGCCCUGUUUAAUGUCACUUUCGCAUCGGAUUCAGGAAAUGUCAAACGAAUCGAUUUGAGUCGUACCACGCAACAAAAUCUUGUGUGAAUGGCAAAGAGAGAGAAGACACUGAAGCUGCCUAACCUUUCCCUUUGAAAUAUGCAUCAUUGUAGCGUUUUCGUGGGCGUUUCUGCCAUUUCUCGGAUCGGCUGACGUUUAAUUUGGCGAAUUCGUCACGUUCAGAACCUGUCAUUGCAUACUUCUUGCGGGAUGACGGGGUCAUGCGAACGGUUACAGUCGGAUGAACCCUAGUCGGGUUGGAAACGUGAGCCUGUACCCUUAUUAGUUCGGCCGAC